GACGUCGAUAUCCGGUGAUAGCAAGAUCUUGUCUUAAACAGUAGUGGUUAGCUACCAAAGUUAAAUCUUACGUUUAUUUCUUUAACACAAAUGGACUGCUGCAUCGUAUCCGCCCUGUGGUAUUUAAUAGCACUUCAUGCACUUAUUCACUUCCUGUGUUUUGCUUUCGGGGAUGCAGACUUCACUCUGCUGUGGGCGAGUCUGCUGGGACACAGGCCAGAGAAAAAGCUGAAAGGGCUGGUGGUGUGGAUCACUGGAGCCUCCAGUGGCAUCGGAGAGGAGCUGGCCUAUCAGCUAGCACAGUGUGGGUCACGUCUCAUCCUGUCUGCUCGACGUGAGGAUGAGCUCAAUAGGGUUAAACGUGGCUGUUUAGAGUGCUCCGACCUCCAAGAUGAAGAUGUUCAUGUUCUUCCACUUGAUCUGUUGGAGAGGACAUCGCACAAGGAAAAAACAAAAACCGCGAUUCAGUACUUUGGACAUAUUGAUGUCCUAAUCAAUAAUGGCGGCCGCAGCCAGCGCUCUCUGUGCGUGGAGACCAGUGUUGAUGUGUAUGAAGCCUUGAUGGAGCUCAACUUCCUGGGUACAGUCUCCAUCACCAAGCAGGUGCUGCCUCACAUGACGCAGCGAGGCUCUGGGAGCAUUGUGACUGUCAGCAGUAUUGUCGGCCUCGCUGGGGCGCCCCUGGGUUCGGGAUACGCUGCCAGCAAACAUGCUCUUCAGGGUUUCUUUAACUCCCUGCGGCCUGAGCUGACUGAUUUUCCAAACAUACUCAUCAGCAUGGUGUGUCCAGGGCCUGUACAAUCACAGAUUGUCCACAAUGCCUUCACAGAGGAAGUCAACAAGCCCCUGUCUGCAGCUGGAAGCCAGGAGCACAAGAUGGCAACAAGUCGCUGUGUGCGUCUAAUGCUGGUGGGAAUGGCCAACGGUGUCAAGGAAAUGUGGAUUGCUCAGCAGCCCUUCCUCCUGUUCUACUAUCUCUGGCAGUACGCACCCACAUUUGCCUGGUUUGUCACAAACGUGUUGGGCAGAAAAAGGGUGCAGAACUUCAAAGCUGGUCUGGAUGCAGACUCUGCGUACUUCACAAAGCCAAAGACCUCCUGAGAGUCACAUCGUCAGGAGGAAAACACAUUUAUUGCAUACCUCAUCUUCGACCUGAACAGUCAUCCAGCUUUUCCCGCAGAAUGUCGAUAUCUUUGCUUUCAUCUCGAUGGAAAACCUCUAACACGUCUGCUUUAAAAGCUCACAGCUCUCUUCCCACAGCUUCGCAGGAGAGGAUAGAAACUGGUACAUUUUUAUUUCAUUAUGCUUUCAUCCGAAAUGUUAUGUAAAUCCUAUAUGCUGCUAUUCUAAUAUAACAAGCAUCCUCAGAUUA